GCAAAGCUGAGAGCGCACAGAAAAGGGGAUGUCUUCAUCGCCAACCGGGAUGGAACAAACCCGCCAGCUCGGGGAGCGCUGAGACCCAAGGGUCCCUCCGGCGCCGGCAGCCUUCGCUAACAUGACUUGACUGCCCUCCCAGCCCAUCCUCAGCCCCAUCCCGCGCGCUCCGCGCUCUCCGGGCGCCCCCACCCUUUCCGGGUGCGCGCGCACGACCGGCCGGCCGGGGAGCUGUGCGCCCGGAGCCUACGGGCGGCGGCGGCGCGGCUCGCGCGCAGACCGGGUGCCCAGGGGCGGAGGAGGAGGAGCAGCGGCCGCGCCCCGCCUUCCGUCGCCACCUGCGCGUCCCCUCCCGGCUCCCCAGCCUCCGGGCGGUGAGAGCUCGCGGUGCCGCAGCGGCGGAGUCACUGCGUCCGCCGGUUUGGGGACACUAGGCGCUGGGCUCCGGGGGCGCAGGACGAGCGGUGGGUGCGCCCGCGCGCGUCGCUGCCCGGCGCGCUUUUCCGCAACGGUUUUGGGAAGGCAGAGGUGGGUGGGGGCGAUAGAAAACUGCUGUGACUUUUGAGGUCCGACUCCUCCUUCCGGCCAGCCUCGGGACGCGCCCGCUCGGAGACAGGCCCCGGAGGCUCGCUGCGCGGCGUGGGGACUUGGAACGCGUCCCGGAGCCGGGGCGCGGAGCGCUCUGGUGAGUUUGUGGGUGGCGGAGAGGACACCUCGCGCCCCCCACCCUUGCACCCCGUGCUGCCCCCACUUGGAGAGUAAUUCAGACUUGAGCGUGACUGCGGAGCGCUUUGCCUAGCGUGCGUGAUGGAGUGGGCCGGUGGGCGGAACAAAGGCAAGCGCCCCGAGGAGCGGGUCCUCGCCUGAAGAGCGCGCAGCGACGGCCGGCCGGAGGGUGGUGGCCGUGAGAGACCCGGGAGUGGCGCGCUCCCCUGCGCCGGGCAACUGCGCGCGGGGCUCCCGGGGCAGCCCGGCCGGGCCGCCCAAGGUCCGGGGCGAACCCCUUGCCGGUGCACAGCGGAUGCCCCCGGCCUUUCGCCGCGACGUCUGGAAGGGGCUGCGCGCCGUCGACCCAGCAAGUGUCUCGGCGGGCGAGCACUUCUGCAGCCCCGAGGCUUCCACGUGAGCGUUUGCGCUCUCUCCUCCGCCGGGGCCUCCCAGCCGUCCCUGCUGCCUGAGCGUCCGCGUGGGGAGCCAGCAGCGGCGGGAAUCGUCGGCCACCGUCAGGUGUCUGAGGCUCCCACGGCCCCGGCUGCCCCGCGCCUCGCCGGAGCCUGAAGAGUCGCGGGUCCGGGGCGAGGGCCGGCCGGGUUGUUUGAUGGCUUCACUGAGAAGAGUCAAAGUGCUGCUGGUGUUGAACUUGAUCGCCGUGGCCGGCUUCGUGCUCUUCCUGGCCAAGUGCCGGCCCAUCGCUGUGCGCAGCGGAGACGCCUUCCACGAGAUCCGACCGCGCGCCGAGGCCGCCAACCUCAGCGCGCACAGCGCCAGCCCCAUCCAGGAUGCGGUCCUGAAGCGGCUCUCGCUGCUCGAGGACAUCGUCUACCGGCAGCUGAAUGGUUUAUCCAAAUCCCUUGGGCUCAUUGAAGGUUAUGGUGGACGGGGAAGAGGGGGCCUUCCUGCCACCCUUUCCCCAGCGGAAGAAGAAAAAGCCAAGGGACCCCAUGAGAAGUAUGGGUACAAUUCCUACCUCAGUGAAAAAAUUUCACUGGAUCGUUCCAUUCCGGAUUAUCGUCCCACCAAGUGCAAGGAGCUCAAGUACUCCAAGGAGCUGCCCCAGAUCUCCAUCAUAUUUAUCUUCGUGAAUGAGGCCCUGUCGGUCAUCCUGCGGUCAGUCCACAGCGCCGUCAAUCACACGCCCACUCAUCUGCUGAAGGAAAUCAUCCUGGUGGAUGACAACAGCGACGAAGAAGAGCUGAAGGCACCAUUGGAGGAGUACGUCCACAAACGCUACCCUGGGCUGGUGAAGGUGGUGCGCAAUCAGAAGAGAGAGGGCCUGAUCCGAGCUCGCAUAGAAGGCUGGAAGGUGGCCACUGGUCAGGUCACUGGCUUCUUCGAUGCCCACGUGGAAUUCACUGCUGGCUGGGCUGAGCCAGUUCUAUCCCGCAUCCAGGAGAACCGGAAGCGAGUGAUCCUUCCCUCCAUUGACAACAUCAAGCAGGACAAUUUUGAGGUGCAACGCUACGAGAACUCAGCCCAUGGGUACAGCUGGGAGCUGUGGUGCAUGUACAUCAGCCCCCCAAAAGACUGGUGGGAUGCUGGAGACCCUUCUCUCCCCAUCAGAACACCUGCCAUGAUUGGCUGCUCCUUCGUGGUCAACAGGAAGUUCUUUGGUGAAAUUGGUCUUCUGGACCCUGGAAUGGAUGUGUAUGGAGGAGAAAAUAUCGAGCUUGGAAUCAAGGUGUGGCUUUGUGGGGGCAGCAUGGAGGUCCUUCCUUGCUCACGCGUGGCCCACAUUGAGCGGAAGAAGAAGCCAUACAACAGCAACAUUGGCUUCUACACCAAGAGAAAUGCUCUCCGGGUUGCGGAGGUCUGGAUGGAUGAUUACAAGUCUCAUGUGUACAUCGCGUGGAACCUGCCGCUGGAGAAUCCGGGGAUUGACAUAGGCGAUGUCUCUGAAAGAAGAGCAUUAAGGAAAAGUCUGAAGUGUAAGAAUUUCCAGUGGUACCUGGACCAUGUCUACCCAGAAAUGAGAAGAUACAAUAACACCAUUGCUUACGGAGAGCUUCGCAACAACAAGGCAAAAGAUGUCUGCUUGGACCAGGGGCCGCUGGAGAACCACACAGCCAUCCUGUACCCAUGCCAUGGCUGGGGACCGCAGCUCGCCCGAUAUACCAAGGAAGGCUUCCUGCACUUGGGCGCCCUGGGGACCACCACACUCCUGCCUGACACCCGCUGCCUGGUGGACAACUCUAAGAGUCGGCUCCCCCAGCUCCUCGACUGUGACAAGGUCAAGAGCAGCCUGUACAAGCGCUGGAACUUCAUCCAGAACGGAGCCAUCAUGAAUAAGGGCACAGGGCGCUGCCUGGAGGUGGAGAACCGGGGCCUGGCUGGCAUUGACCUCAUCCUCCGAGGCUGCACAGGACAGAGGUGGACAAUUAAGAACUCCAUCAAGUAGCUGGCAGAAGCUGAGGCUCCCAGAGCCCAACCCAGGACUGGGCCCAACUGUCCUCAAGAGCAGCCACACAGUGGAGAGACCGAAGGGGCCCAACCGGUGAUCUCGGGCCUCUAGGGCCCCUUCAAGGCAGCAGGGGGCCCUGGAUGAAGACUUUAAGUCCUUCUCAGGCAUUCAGCUGCCUGAGGCUCCUGCACCCUGGAAAAGGUUCCCAGCCCUUCUCUGGGAAGCCAGGAGCUGUAUCUUCUGCACCCCAGAUGUGGGCUGGACAGGAUAAGACUCCGCAUCUCUUCUGUGUCAUCUUCCACCCCAAUAUCAGGACCUGGGCCUGGCAGGGUCCCCUCCUCUCUUUCAUCCUUUGCAGCCAUAGCAGCUUCUGAAUUCCACUGUGGCCCUCAGCGGGACGGGGGCUUCAGCUACAUCAUAGCUCCCCUUUACCCAGAGGAGACAGUGAGGCCCUAAGACUGUUUCCUCUGAGUUGCUUCUGUUCAGAUGCCCAUUUACAACCACAGCCCUCAAACUUUCCCACAGGGGUGGCUUUGGGGGCUGCAGCUCUGGAAGUUUCUGAGGUGCCCCAAAGGAGCUGAUGCUACCUACCCUGGUCGUGUGGGCAUGAACUGCCCUCCUACCUGGGUCCAUAGGGAGCCAGAAAUGGGCCGGGCGCACAUGCAUGGUGGCCUUAGCUGCAAGGGGCCAGGAGGCCAGAAGCAGAUCGGGGCAGCUCUGCCACUGGGACCCAGAGUCCUGACUUGUGGCACCGCAGGGCCCUCUGUGGGGAAGGGCUGAGGAAGCCGCCCCAGCCACGGGCCUCAGGAACCUGAGAUGCUUUGUGCUCAGCGCAUUUCACCCCAAGCUCUGCAGGUGACAGGGAAAGGCAGUUGUCUCCUCUUAGCAGUAACCCUUGCUUUCUGAUUGCCCUCUGGUUAGGGUGCACUUAUAAGUCAGAGUUAAUAUAUGGACGUGUGUGCAUGCAUGCGAGCGUGUGUGCCUGUGCCCUGUGUGUGGCAGGGUGUGUGUGUGUCUGAGUGUGUGCUGUGAGCGGAAAUGUCGCUGUGUGGCCUUGAGCUUGCUGCUUAAUUGCUCAUGUGAUGGGGCCACAGCUGCUGAGAAGCAAGCGGGGUUGGCCCCAUGUCAGUGGCUCUCUGGCAGGGGCCUGGCUCGGCCUUGCCUAUGCGGUGCCCUUUUGCCACAUCCCACCUCUCUCCCCACUGCUGUCUCUGGCCAACCCUGCCCAGAACCAAACCCUAUAGUUGCCCCGUUGCCCAGUGUGGUGUUCACAGUGUCUCACUGGUGGCAUCUUCUCGGUGACCACCCUUCUCCCUGCCUCCCACCCUGUGAAAUAAAUACUUCAGCAUUUCCCAAUGCAGCCUCCUUUGCAUUUAUUUUUCAAGUACUGAGGAUUAAGCCCAGGACCUUUGUACUGAGCAAGUUUUUUUUUUAAUUUGGUGAGACAGAGUCACCCUAAGUCACCAAGUUGCACAGGCUGAGCUGAAACUUGCAGUCUUCCUGCCUCAGCCUCCCAGAGUUCUGGAAUUAUGAGCAUGCAUCAUCAUGCCUGGAUGUUCAUUUGCAUCUGAUCCCUCUAGAUCAGAUCCCAAAGUCGGGAGGAGGAGAGUCCCUGAGAUGUGACAGAGGGCUUCUUUAGUGUGGGGUAUUUGGUCUUAUUAAAGGCAAAAAAAUCUCUUGCAGGAUGGGCUGAGAGAAAACCAGCCUGCCCUUGCCCAUAGCUCCCCCAAAGCUGGACAGAAUGUGACACAUGUCAUCUCCUUGUUGAUUGGUUUGGAGGCUGAAGUCGGUGCAGGAAGCUGUAAGACUGAAGAGCAGAGAUGUGGUGACCUGGGCCUGGCCGGCAUGAACCCCACCUGCUGCAUACCAUGAAUUCCUGCAGUGGAGACCAUGGAGCUCGGGGUGGACGCAUUUGCGGCUUGGUUGUUCACGGAACAGCAAAACCCUACAGGGCACCUUCAGUCAUGGACCUGGACCUGGAGGGAAUGGUGAGGUGUCUGCUGCACUGUGACAGGCCCACCUUCUUCCUGAAGCAGCCCAGAAUUCCCUGCUCCUUUGCUGUCAGACAGCAUAGCUAUGUACACAUCGGUUGCCAUUUUUCUUUGGGGAUCUUUGAGAAUGGGGGUUUAUAAGCACGUGGGUGGGAAGAGUUCAGUAACAAAAGUUUGUCACCUUACAUGAUAGCAUUUUGAGGUCACUGUGUCAUGCUUCAGGUUAAGGGAGAGCUGGAGAGGUGCAGCCCGUGCCCUCCAGGGCUGGAGGAGAGAGACUGGGCUGAUCAGAAAGUGCUGGCCAGCACCGCAGCCUCACCUGUGCCCCAGGCUGCACCCCUAAGGCAUGGACAUGGGCACCUGUCAGGGAACUAAAAGGUGAAGAGUGUCCCUCUGGUUUAGGUCCCACAGGAGGCUCGGACAUGUGCAAGAUCUCAGCGCUGGGCUGGACUGUCCACACCCAGCUGUCCCCACACAGGGAUGCGUGAGGUCAGCACCCUCUUUUCCCCCAGGGUCUCUCUGGGCUGAUGGCACUGGGAGUGGCUGGGCCAAGACAGAGAGGAGAAACUGAUAAAGCCAGAAAGGGGGAGAGAAGAGAAAAGCAAGGCUGCCAUGGAGCCUCUGGUCCCCAGCCCUUCGGGAGAACCAGAAGGUUGCAGAAACCCCCAUAUCUCUUACGAUCACUGUGGGGCAUGGAACUUGAAGGAAAGUUCCUGCUUCUUCACCAGAUGUUGACAGUUGGCAUCAUCUAUGGUUUGAAUUGUGACGUAUAUGUUUCCCACCCCCCCACACACACACACACACUGUCACCCUCACCUUGGGACUGGGCCCUGACAGUCUUUGCUGUCCUUCCCAUCACACGAGCCCUCAUGCCCAUGCCUGUCUCUAGCCAUUUCUGCUGUCUUCUCUGUUUUUCCCCUUAAUUUAUAUGGCAGGAAAUAUCACAGAUGGCACUUCUGACAAAUCUCCAAGCCAUCAAAGCCCAUGGCUUUGAGUCUGUAUGUUAUUUCUCAAAGUGUUUUCUUCAUGGCUUUACUUAUCUGGGUGGCUAGAAGAGAGGAAAUCGAAAAAACUGGGACAAGAGAACAGGGGCCUGGAGCCACCAUCUGAGGCUACUAAGCCAUUCUACAUGGGUUGCUGAAGCCACUUUUUUUUCAUUUGAUAUGAAUUUUUGUGUUUCGUUUUUCCUAUCAUUCUUGAAAAGUAGCCCAGUUUCACAAAGCAAGGUCCAGGCAGAGCAGUCUAUUGAAUGUGCUGUUUCUGAUUUAUGUGCCAUUUGUCUUGGUUCCCCUUUGCUUGGAAUGAUGUUCUGGGUGACAGCUGGAUGGGGAGGAGCUUGGAGCCUGUGAAGGGAACCAGGUGGCCCACGAAGUCAGGGACAAGCCAGAUGGCUGGACUGAGGUGCCCCAUCCCUGCACUCUGCCAGUGUAUCAGCCUCCUGUUUGAUCCGAGCUCCAGAUGAGCAGUUGGACUGGAAGAUUGUCAGCUCCUGUUAUGGUUUCAAUUUAGAUGUCCCCCAAAGCCUCAUGUGUUCAGAGGUGGGGCUUCUGGAUCUUGGGGGCGGGUGCUACAGCUGACUUGCUGUUAGGAGGUGGAGUCUGGUUGGAAGAGAUGAAUCACUGGGGUGUGGCCUGGUAGGGUGCAUCUUCUUUCCCAGUUCCUCCCUUCUGUGCUCCCUGGCCACCAUGACAUGAGCAGUUCUCCUCCACCAGGCCCCUCCACCACGCCCUUUUCACCUUGGAACUGGCCAACCAUGGACUGAAACCUCUGAAACUGUAAACCAAAAUAAACCUCUCUUCCUUCAAA